AAUACAAUUCUGUUCUCAAGUAGAAUAUUACUGCCUUGAUGAAUUUCAGUAUUACUUCAAUAGACAUGAAUAGAAACAACUAGUGAGAAACCUACUUGAUUAUAACUUUCUUAAAAUUGGAAUUGGUUUAUUUAUUGUCACUUGGACAUCUAUCAAAAAUAUUUUAGGGCCCAUAUGUAAUAAAAAUCUCAAAAUUUACCAAAAAAAUUAGAAAGUGCAUUAAAAAUGAAUAAAAAGAAGAAGGGUUGCAAAUGCCCAUCAAACCUACAACACUAUUGUAAACGUACCAGAGUGAAACAGACUGACCCGAAGGAUGUGGCCGAAAUUAUCCAAGCGCUCACAUAUGAAGAGUAUGUUUCUAAGGCGAAUAAACGUAAAAUGUCGAAGCCGCCUAAAUUCAGAACGAAACCGUUUAAACCACGUCAUUUUAAGGAUACAUGCGUGCCUAUGAAGCCGUCCAUGCACACAAGGUUGAAAUACAUCGGUCACUGUGCAUUGGAACCGGCGCACCAUGAUGAAAGAACCAGACAAACUUAUUCGAGGUAUGAUUUCAUUUCGACAUCGGAGAGCGAAGAAGAAACCGCCGGUAUUUUGCGAAAGAAGCGUAGAAGAAGUGAGUACAGGAAGAGGGUCAGAUAUUAUGACUUGAUGCCGGGCGAUAUUAUGCUGCCUACCCCCGCACCUGUGGUCAAACACACCACAUCAGAUAAAUCUAUUUUGAGCGUACCCAGUCCAAAAACUAGUGGAGAAGUAAUUCAGGCCCAAAAAGCAACUGUCAAACCUUCGGAAAUGCGACCUCCUUUACCCCCAAAAUCUGGAUACGAAUUGUUCAAGCCGCACAGUGGUAUUGUUCUCAACAGAGAUCACCAAUUUGUUCCUGAUGUGGUACAUAUACCUGGUUCUUCGAAAGAACAAAAGCCAAAGAAACCAAAGCCGUGCUAUAAAGGAGGGGUCUGCAAAAGAAAAUCUUGCCCUAAAAAGAAAUGUCGAAAAUAUUUCGCAGCAAUGAAAAAACGAAAACUAGCUAUGAAACUGAGAGGAUAUCCAGAACAAGCUUACAUAAAUAUUGGUGGUGGUACUGAUGGAAAGCCACGCGCGACAGGAACGCAGAAAUAUCUAAGGGACGACGAUGAUUCAGUAUGUGGUUUCGAUGACAUACCUAGAACGGAACAAGUCCAUUUACCGAUGAACUUGAAACGAGGGACAUUACAAACUCAUUCUCUUACGGUCAUCCCGUGCACUAAAGACAAGAGGACUGAUAUACACUACGGUAUUUUGACGGGCUCCUUCAAUAUGUAUGAUAAUAAAUUCAGUAGUAGAUCAAGAGGCCGGCAGGCUUUAACGAUGAGCGUUAUGGCUUAUUGCUUAGCGUUUCAUUACCAUCCCAAGCAAUGGACGAUGAAGUUAAUUGACAACUUGGUGGACGCUGGUGAUGUUUGGUAUAUUCAAUGUUUAGAUAAAGUUCAUGAUCAUUCAGCAGUUCAGGGUAUAUGCGAAGUGUUGCAGUUUGGUAAAAAACAAAUACUCGUUCUAAAUGCGAAGAGGAUGCAAGUACUGCUUUGUGAACCUGACAUAGUUGGAUAUGCGAUGUCCUUAGAUCCUACCGUGUACAACUUGUGUCGAGGACUCAAAGCUUUCUUCAAGGAGAACAGAGCUGGAGUGCUGUUGUCGAGGGUACUUAAAUUAGUGAUAUGGAAAGAUAGAGUGUGCUACUACAUAUUUGACCCAGCCGGCAGAGAUGCAAGAGCUUACUCCAAUUUCGCUAACGGCCAAGCUGCUCUCGUAAACGUCAAAGAUAUUGAUGCAGUGGCUGAAAUUCUUUUAGCUCGCAGCAUUCUAGAAGACCAGAAAUUCGUAUUGGCUCCAGUUAAAGUAUUAAAAAUGGCAGAUGAGACAAGCGAGGAAGAUUUCGAAUCUGAUAAAGAGCUAACUCAAGCUGAAAAAGCUAUGAUGGGAUACAGAAUUUUAAAUGAAAACUGUGCCAUUGUGAACGCCAAUAUGCAUUUAGGUGAUAGAUGCUUCGAGGAAGCAAAGUUCAGGCAGGCAUUGCCUAUAGCCAUUGUCGCGAUGACCUACGCGAAAAUCUCACCCCCUAAUACAUGGUUUUCAAAGACGUUAGACAAAAUAUUGCGACUAGGCAAUAAACUCUACAUUGACUGCACACACCCAAAAGUAAUGACUGAUAUUACUAUUGAUAAUAUCCCAAAUGAAAUAGUUAUAGGUCCUUAUGCUUGCGAGAUAAUUAUAUACAGGGAAAGAGUGAAAGGGCAACUUUACACUACAAAGGAGUGCUUGCUCAACAUAAAGACAGGGCUAGAAGAUUUCUUUAGCCACGAGUACAAUUGUGGUUUGCUGGAGUUCAAUAAUUACAUGCUUGCUGUGUGGAGGCAAAAAGAUAUGUUCUAUUUGUUUGACCCCUACCCGCGCACCACUGACGGUCUCAGAUCGAUGAAGCCCGGUAAGGCCUGCUGUUUGAUGCUUCUGAAUCCGGAAACUAUGGCCAGUGCGUUCACUAAGAACUGGGAUUAUUUACCAGCGACAACACAAUUUUAUAUUCAUGCAUUUAAAGUAUUGAAGUUGAAGAAGAGAGAACCGAAGUUACAAAUAGUGUGUACACUGAGUGAUGAAGAUCUGCCUGGGGCUAAGGCGAAACGUAAAAUUCUGGCUAUGAGUAAAGCUCAUGGCGAUGGAAAGGAGAUCUACCAUGACGUCAUGCCCGUAGAGAUUUUGGAAACGAAAAUAACUGGGCCGGUGCCCAUAGCUGAUGAAGAACAAAUGGGUGACAUAAUAUCGCUAGUAGACAGUGUACAAGAGGAUUAUAUACCACCUGUACCGUUGAGGUAUAAGAAGCAAGUUGAUGAGCCUGUGGAACCGAAAGUAGUGAAUUUGGACUCGCCCACGGUAUCAGUGACACAAGUAGUGCCGCCGUGGCCGAAACCCCGCGACAAGACCAACGAGCCCAUAGAGCCGGAUCCGGAUCCUGAACCCACCCCGCCCCCGACCCCGCCGCCUGUUAUUCCACCUGAAGGUGGAGGAGAGGAAGAAGAAGUGGCUGAAGAGGAAGAAGAUGAAGAAACAAGGAAGGCUAAAGAGGAAGAGGCGAAGAGGAAGGCUGAGGAGGAGGAAGCGAGGCGCAAGGCCGCAGAGAUACCGCCGCCGCUGCCGCCGCCUCCGCCCUCGCCGCAACCAGAACCUGAGAUACCCUUGGCGCCAAUGCAACUAGCUGAAGACGAAGUGCAAACUCUGCCAGCCGUUAACGUUGACCGGCGCGUGCUCCUAACACAGGACGCUCAAUAUCGCUCCAAACUGCGAAAGAUUCGCAAGAAAAUGACGCCUCCUCUAAUGGAGGACCAACAUGAAGGAACUCUCGAAGAAGAACUUCAAAAACCGAGUAAUUUCAAGGACUUGCCAGAUUUAUCACAAAUAGUUAGAGGCACGACCUCCGUUUCUGACCCCGACGCCCCAGAAACUCACGACAAGCUACCGUUUGGUGCCAUCAUGGCAAUAGUGACCUCUUACAAGUAUUCCAUCAAUACUUGGACACCUGGUAUCGUGAAUUUUGUAGUUGAAACAGCUUUGAGGCUUUAUGAUAACAAACAGCAGAAAUUUCAACUUGCUCCCGUACAUAUCAUACCGAAGAUUGCACUUGGACAUCAGGCGUAUCAUGCUAACAUCGAUGUGGUUGGAGAAGGUGCAAGCUGGCAAAUGGAAGAUGUGUUGGCUAAAAAAUUCUUUAACAAAUAUGACAGAGGCAUGGUAACCACUGCCUCUUACAGCUGUGCGAUUUUCAAGAGAAACGGACUUUACUACUUAUUCGACGGCAGUCCUUGCAACGCUAUGGGCUUAAGAAACGACAGCGGUAGCAAAGGCAAAGCAUGCUUCCUGCGGUUUCGUACACUGCACGACUUAGUGAGCAGGAUCAAUUACAAUAAGGAUGGUAGAACGGAUGACCAACAAUUUAUUCUUAGUAGAAUAUUAGUUAGAAGACUUCUGAAAGAGGCCCGUCACAAAUUACCUGAAGAUCACGACUAUGCAACCGGUAAACCUGUGUCAAAGAAAUCUAAGCAAACCAUUAUAGGUUCAGAAAAGGACGAUGAAGACAGAAGAUUAGAUGCGAGAGAAUUCAGAAGCCAAUCAUCAGUUGGCUAUCAACUUGUAGACGGGGUAUACAGGAUAGAAGGCACCACGUCACUUAAUCAAAGGAAACCCAGCGCAGACGUAAAGUCUUGUCAUUUCGUUAGUCUUAUUGCUAUGUUAAUGGCAGCAAUGCAUCCCAUCAGAACAUGGGACCACGUAAUGGUAGACGUAUGUAUAGAGAAAGGUUUGGAAAUUCAUGAAAAAGCAACAAAUUUAAAUGUUUGCGAGAAGAGAGUUAUUAAAAACGUGAUCCUGGACGGAAAGUUUAUUAACAUCAACAUCAAGAAAAUUAUUGUCGUCAAUGAGAAUCCAGAGAAAAGACUGGAGCAAUAUUUGAAAGCUGUAUUGAGGAGAUUGCGCUACGUUAUAAUACGAUAUCCGCAAUGUAGUAUGGUAAUAUGUCAGACAGAAGGAUAUUAUCACCUUUUUGAUCCUUACCCUCCACCGAGUGAAGAUAUAAAGGAAGAAGAUGCAAAAGGAGUAGAGAAGCCGUCCAAAAAAGGAAGCGCAGUAGCGUCCUGGACGUUAUACCGUUCCAUUGAGGCUCUAAUACGGCGAAUAAGAAAAGUGCUGCCAGGAAGACAGGCAGAUGACCCCGAAUUCUACACUUUCGAACUAACAUCCGUUAAGAGUGCGCCACGGCACUCCGCUUUGAACUAUAGAUUAAGCCCGCUCUUUAGACCUGAUGAUAAUCCGAACUUACCAUAUCUGAAGCGUAGAAAAAUACGUCCAAUCGUCGACGAAAAAAUGUAUUGGCUGAAUAUCCCAGCGAUACCGUGGUCUCGAAUGAGUGCCGUAAACGAUUUAGGUUUUGAUAGAAAAACACCGAAAACUAUGUGGAAGGAUUGGGACAUCGAAUUUCCUGGAGAUUUGUUUUCCUUGUGGGGCACUAUACAUCCUCUGGAUAAAACCUUUGAUGAAAUGAUCCGUGGCAAACAAUACCUUGCUACUAGUGUGGUUGCCAUCGGAAUGACUCAAGCAUGCAACAUUAGCGCUUGGACUAGUGGAUUCCUAGAUGGAAUAGUCAUUGGCGGUAACAAUUAUUACAAAAAAGUUAUGGCAAAAGUAGGCUCAAAUGCUAAUUACGAAAUUGGGCUCACCGAUUUAGAUGCCAAAUUCGAUGAAAUGUAUCCAUUUUCAUUUUCCUUUAAAUUUGAGAAUAUCAUUUUUGGAUUUUUAUAUAACAUUUAUCCCGAUCGUUUCAAUUUGAGUAAGGCGUUGACUUAUUUCUUUGAGAAGAAUACGCUUGGAAUAUUGAUAAGUCCCACAAAAAACCUGGCGUUUGGAAAAAUAGAUUCUUCAUACUUCAUGUUUGAUUGCCAAAGUCAUGGUGCGCCGAUAUUUAGCCCUGGGCAGGGAGCUGCUUAUAUGUUGAAAUGUGAGAGCCUCAACCGACUUAUUUAUUGUAUGACAUUAACUUUAAAUAUUCGACGGCAUGGACAGCAAUUUCAUUUGUUCAGUGUUGCUGUGUCGCUCUCCGAGAAAUCUAAAUAAAUUGUCAGGGUUUACUUU